GUCGUUCUACUGAGUGUAGUCUUUCAUCGUUGUUGUUUUCUGCGUCAUCUUUGGUUUCUGUUAGCGUUUUCUCUCCUUCAUUUGCGUCAGAAAGAAAAAGAGGAAAAAGCAUGUCUUGCUGUGGCGGUAACUGCGGCUGUGGAACCGACUGCAAGUGUGGCAGCGGCUGCGGAGGAUGCAAGAUGUACCCUGAUUUGAGCUACACGGAGAGCAUGUCCUCCACAGAGACCCUUGUUAUGGGUGUUGCACCCAUGAAGGCACAGUUUGAAGGUGCUGAAAUGGGUGUUUCUGCUGAGAACGGUGGCUGCAAGUGUGGAUCUAACUGCACAUGCGACCCUUGCACCUGCAAGUGAGUCAAGUAGUGUGAAAAAUUAAAGCAGAGAUAUACGAGUGUUUUGUGCACUGUGGUGUUUUGUUAGAACAAAACCCUACCUUUCGUGUAUGUUAGAAUAAAGUGGCUAUGGUUUUUUAUUUUACCUCAGGCAAAUCCAAUUGUUGCUAUAUUGGAUUUGUUUGAUGGUAUGUUAAGCUAAGGUUGCUUUAAUUUGUUAUCUAUUACUAUAUGGUUUGGUUUGACUUGUGUUGUGUAAAGUUUGAUCUAAUCUUGAUCAUCGAUCUCUGCUUAUAAAAAUGUGACUUUGGGCGAAAAGAAAUUCUAGUUGACAUCUUUAUCUUA